UUCAGCUGUGUUGUGUAUAGAUUGAGAAGGCUUUCAAGAUGAUGAAAUUAUUAUUGAAGACUAUAAUUGCUGCGGAAACUAAAAUUCCAUCACCGCCAGCGGAGGAACCCAGUCCAUCACUGGUCAGCAUUUCUAAAUCUGAUGUGAUAAAACCCCAAGUAAACAGAACAGCUAUGGGUGAAUAUAUAGUGAAUCCUGGUGAAAAACCACUGACUUCUUUAGGUAAUCCUGGUCCUGGACCAGCAAAUUAUAACCCAUGUCCUAAUUUAACGAAGGAGUCUGCUCCCCAGUAUUCUAUUGUUGGUAAACAGAAAGUAAAGGAACAUGGUAGAGGUUUACCAGGUCCAUCUGAUUACGGCCCCUCUGGUGACUUAAUUUGGAAGAAACAAUACGUUAUUAAGGGAAGAGCAACCUGCUAUUUUGACGAAGAAGCUUCUAAAUAUUGUACCGUAAUUGGACCCGCCAAAUAUAACGUCAGACAUAAGCAGUUUGGAUUGGAAGGACUAAAAUACAGUAUGGCCCACAAACAACCCGGAGAUAUCAUAACUGGACCACCAAACAAUAUUGUCCAACCAUCUGACACACAUGUACGCAAAUUAAGCAUAGCCAGUGAACCUUUACCUGGACAAUACUUCAUGAAUUCCGUUAUGGAUUUUCGAACCAGUACAUCAAGGACAGCGUCGGUGUUGGACCGCUACACCUCGUAUUCCUCGAUGCAACCUAAUCAUGAGCUCUUGAGUCCAAGAUUUUUUGCUGGUACACCUGCUCCAAAUCAAUAUCAUUUGAAAUCCUCGAUUGGAUUGCAGCCUGGAACAUCCAUGAAGGGAAACAGAAGACGCAAUUUUGACAGAGCGAAGGCGGAUUGCUCAUUUUUGCUACCAGAACUAAUUGAUGGAUUUCCGUCACCAAACUCGUACAAUACAAAUAAAUCGACCCUUGGUUUAGGCUCCGGUGUAAGUUUUAAGGGUAAAAGAGGUGGACCAUUUCAGACAAAUAAGGGUCAAAUGUACAUCCCUGCACAGUACAACGAGAGAGAUAAAAUGUCUGAAACGUACGACACAACAUCAUACGUUGGAAAAUCUUCAGGUGUAUCGUUCAAAGGUAAUCGACGGCGAAGAAUUGUCAUGGGAGCAAAAAAUGCAAAUGCUGGUUUUCUUUUACCGAAUCUGAUAGAAGCCAGUCCGGGUCCAGGGAGCUACAAUAUUAAAUCAACUAUUGGAAUGAAUAAUGGUGUAUCAUUCAAAGGACGGAAAACUGGUCCAUUUCAGUCAAACAGAGGAGCAACAUAUAUCAACCCUGAAGUAAAUGAAAAAGAAAUGCGUCCUGGUCAUUAUACGCUUGCUUCAUCUAUAGGAAACUCACCUGGUGUCUCUUUCAAAGGUAACAGGCAGAGGACAUUUGAAAAUGCAAAGGCAUCAAAUGCUUUAUUUCUUUUGCCUAAUUCAGUGAAUGACACUCCUGCACCUGGAUUUUAUUCAAUGAAAAGUUCAAUUGGCAGCGAGCAAAGUGUAUCAAUGAAAGGUAAGAAGAGUGGACCUUUUCAAAGUAAUAAGGGACCAAAGUAUAUUCCCGUUGAAAUGAACGAACGAGAUAGCAAUCCUGCACCGAAUGAAUAUGACGUAAGCCCGCGACGUUCUUCACGAAAUAGCAGCGUAUCGAUGAAAGGAGAUAGGCGACGGACUAUCGACGACGGAAGAGAGACAAAUUCUUUAUUUCUAGUCGAUAAAAUGUCAAACGAGAAUCCAGGUCCAGGCUCAUAUGAUUCUAAAUCUAUUUUUUCCGACGAUAGUGGAACAAAAAUGAAAGGAAGGCGUCUGGGUCCAUUUCAAACUACUAGUGGUCACAUGCAUAUUAGACCGGAAGUCGAUAAUAAAACAAAAAGGCCAUCUCCUGCUUCAUACAAUAUUGUUAAACCAACUGGGAAAGAUGCACCGUCAGCAUCUUUUAAAGGAAGCCGACCGAAAUCAUUGUUUGGGGAGCCAUUCCGUCCUGGUCCAGGUGAUUACACGUUGACUACGGCAAAUAUGAAAAAAGACCCUGCAUAUUCAGUAAGACAACACACACACCCGUCAUAUCCAGAGUCUCUCAACUAUGUACCCAAAGGUCAUUCAGAUGUACCUGGUCCUGGAAAUUACCAAAUUUCACGAGAUGUGAUUGAAAACGAAUCUCCAGCGUAUUCAAUGAGACAGCAACUGAAAUCCGUUGAAAUUGAAGGAUAGAGAUGUAACAGUAUCCAAGUAGCUAUCGAUGCCUACCUGCAUUCUAUGAUUAAUAUGGAAAUUCCUUAUUAAUAUCAUUCUAACUUGGAUAAUUUUCUUGACGGACUUAAAAACUGUUGUAUCUAAAUUCGAAUUAAUGCAUGGAUAUUUUCUAAACUUACUCAAUUUGAAUUAUUUAGCACGUUGCAUCAAUGAUAUUUGCAGGAUCCAGGCACUUUUAGCAUCCACAUCGUUAAACUGUUGUAAUGUGAAUGCCAUAUGAAUUUUGAAUGUUUUUUGUGUUUGAUUAUUAUCAUUAUUAUAAAAAUCAUUAAGUUAUUUGCUUAAUCCAUUGUGUUAAAAAGAAAAAGCAUGUUUGACUUUUUUAAAUUCUAAUGUCAUCUCAGUACCAGAAUCUAUGACAAACGAGACGACUUUAAUUUUGACAUUAUCAAUUUCCCUCACCUUAGUAGCAAUAUACCAACUUCACCAGCUUAUGGGAUAUACAUUUCCCAACUCAUUUGAUAUUCAAGAGCAUGCAGCUGCUACUCAGACUUUAUAAAACGUCACCAGUGUCUGAGCAGAAAGUUGAUGAACCAAGGUUAUGUCAAAGAACGUCUCGUCCUUUUUCUAAAAAGUUCAUCGGAAGAUACCAAGACCUUCACGUGUUAUAGUGUUCUUUUAUUUGUCUUUGUAAAUUAUCAACCUCUACUUUUAGUCUAUUUUUGGUAAGAUCCUUUUGGCGUGGCUUGGUACUUAUACAUCCCGCCAUUGUGUUAUUGUGCUAUAGUCAUUUUUAUAGUGAUUAAGAUUACAACACAAUGUUGAUUGAUGUACCCCUAUUUUUGACAUUUUUACCUAUUUUGUCUGUUUGUUUUGUUUACACAUUGUUGUCAAUAUAAUGGAAUUUUAUGCGAGAGAGGUUUUAAUAAGCUAGCUAUAAAAAUAAGUUUAAUCCAUCAUUUUCUACAUAAGGAAAUGCCUGUUCCAAGUUAGGAAUAUGACAGUUGUUUUCCAUUCGUUUGAUGUGUUUGAGCUUUUAAUUUUGCCAUAUGAUAAGGGACUUUUCGUUUUGAAUUUUCCUUGGAGUUCGGUAUUUUUGUUAUUUUACUUUUUUCUAUGACUGUUUUAUGAUUCCAUGGGGACAAUCAUAAACUAGUCGAAGUACGAUAAAAAAAUCAUGACUAAGACUGUAAUAGAACAAACAAUAAAAAAAGUCAUCAAAACACUUAGAAAUUUUAUAAACAGGAAUGCCAUCAAAACCAACAGUAAACGCGGAGUUUUCUGGAAGGGUAUUUGUUCCUUAUUCACUAGUGGCACUGUUUUAUUUCUCAGGACAAUUAAAAAACUGAUGAUUAGUCGUAUUCGGGGGUGUCAAAAAGGUGGUGAAACUGAGGCUACGAUAAAACGAACAAAUUCCGUUGUCAUCCAUUCGUUCAAAAAUUUACUUGUAAGAGGCAAUGUGUAUCAACGAAUAACAGAUUAGGAACAGUUUAUCAAUUAGGAGAUGUAUACUCCAUGUGCAGGUGCUGCUGGAAUGUUGUUACAUAAAAUUGGAAACCAUGUUUAUGAAGCAUACAUGUUUUUUUUCAACAAAAGCAAAAACUAGUGUAUACUUAGGACAACACUACAUGUACUUUUAUGGCUGUACAUAUUUACUAUUAUAUUGUGUUAACAUGAUGUUUUAUACAAUACUUUUAAGUAUGUCUAAGAAAAACAUACAGAUUUGGUAUUAUAUUGGAUUAACAUGAUGUUUUAUACAAUACUUGUGAAUAAAAAUUAUGAUUUUACACUCAGAAAUGACGAAUUUUUCAGGAGAAAGGCA